GUCAUUUGUUUCAACUAACAUGAAACAGAAAGCAGAAGUCUGAACGCAAGGGAAACAGCUUGCUCAGAAUUCUGAUUAGCUACUUGUUGAUACUACAUCACUUUAAACUGAGCAGGUAUUGGAUCAUUUUGUCCUUGUGCGGGCAUUAAUGUUGGAACUUCUUAGAGUGGGCACACACACUGGAGAAAAGAAGUGAAAACCUGCAUUCCAGGCUUGCUGAUAGCUGAAAGAGUGAGCAAGAAAGAAAUUAUUCCCUUCUCCACCGCCACCCUGAAGAUGGUUAAUGCGGUCUUUCUCCUGCUGGUCCUGCUAUAUCCCAAUCUCAGCACAGAAUGGCCCACACACACAGUCUGCAAGGAGGACAAUUUGGAAAUAGAUUACAAAAGUUGUGAUCCCCUGCAAGAUUUUGCUUUUAGCAUCGACAGUUGUUCAGAAAUAUCAUCCCAUACUUUAAACAUCAGAGCUGCGAUGCUCCUAAGACACAGUAUCAAUGAAUUGCACCUGAAACUUAAUCUUAUCAUAAAUGGCAGGAGUGUCUUAGCCUACUCGGAAUCACUUUGUGAGCCAGAUCAUCCAAAGUUUCUUUUCUGCGGAAAGAAGAAAGGAGAACAUCUCUACUAUGAAGGACCUGUCAGUCUGGGAAACUUUGAAGUCCCCCAAGGAGAUUAUGUUGUUGCAGUGAAGCUGGUCAAUGAAGAUCGUCUCACUGUUCUUUGCGCUGAUUUUACCAUAAAAAAUAAUCAAGACUAUCCCUUCCCAUAAAACAAAGAGACAUCCAGAAAUCUUUUCAUGUAAGCUGUAGGCUACCAAACUCAUUUGAGCUGCAUAGCUAAGAAAGCCAGUUAUAUGCUAAAGUGACAUUGAAAGAAAUUAUUCCACUUGGAGAUUCAGGUGCUAUUCUUGUUUAUAAGCUAUUUUUAAGGGAGUCUCCAGAACUACUGGAGCAAUUAUCUUAAGAUGCAUACUGUAGUCCAUUUGUGUGUUUACAGAUGUGCUCCAGGAGGCAGGGGGAAGGGGGUGUUUUAAUCAGCGCAGCUCCGAGAGCCGUGCUAAUUAAAAAUACACAGAGUAUCUUAUGUAUCAGUGUCCCCACGCUGAAAAAUGGCAGUGGGGUGCUUUGAACUAAAGCUCAUCGAACAAGCUUUAAAGCACCCCACCGCCAGCUUUCAGCGUGGGGACACUGAUGCACAUGAUGCUGGAGUCUGUUCUGAUACGCUGGAAUUACACUCCCUGCAUGUGUGUAGGAGCCCAUUUGUUUUUGCUUCAACCACAUAUAGCUGCUUUUAAAUAGCAAGCAUUUUAAGUCAACAAAGCAUUGUAGUACGACAACUGCAGAAAUUAUUAAAUCAACCAUUGCCCAGAGAUCUAUAGGCAUACUAUCUUCAUGCAGGAAGUCAGAACUUGAGGCCUGACUACUUGCCCUAUAUUUGUGUGCUAAUGGAGGCUAGAAGCUCCUUAAUGUAGAGAAGUUCCCAAAUACUGAUUUGCCUGUUAUAGUUAAAGCUGCUGUAACUGGAACUAGGAAAGUCAUCCCAACCACAAGAGCCUUCCUCACUUGAACUUGAUACAACAUAUGUCUGUCAUUUUAUGCUCAGUUGAUACAAUAGAGCUAGACUGCUCCAGAUUUCAGUUUUGCACAGUCUGACACGAUCUGGGAUUUGGAAAGGCUUUAGUUUAACUAAAUGAAAGAGGCAGGCCAACAUUAUACCAGAUGCAGGAACUUGAAGUCACUGCUUAUGGGGGAAGUGCUCAGUAAUACAAGUCUCACUACAGUAAACUGAUAUGGUUGCUUGAGAAGGUUGGAAACAACUAGUAAACAAUGGUAUCACUUAGUCACUGGUAUGGAUGUGGACGCUUUCAUGUUACCCUAACACAGACCAUCAGUGGCGAUGCAUAGAGGGUGCACGGGGGUGCACAUGCACCCCCUAACCAGCUGCGCUCACUGCUUAGGCAAUGGGCAAAGGGGGCAGGUGGGAGCAACAGUACCCCCCCUGUGAGUACCAGCCAGGGAGUGGUAAAGAGAGAGGGGUAAGAAGAAGCCGCAGCCACUUUGGUGGUGCAAUUGGCCAUGGGGGGACCCCCACCUGGUCAGCAAGAUUGGCCACGGUGGGACCUCCUACGUCACUGACUGGUCAUUGGGGAGGCACGUGACCCUCCUAACUAAGGUGGCACCAGUCGCCCAUGCAGACCAUCAAACUCAAUACUUACUGGCACAGGACAAACUGGGUGAUGUCACAACUAUUUUUUAAAAGUUGUUUUUAUAGUACUGUGUCAAAGUUAUAGAAGCAUCCACCCUUAAAAUAGAUGAGAGAAGGCUUUCAGUAUGCAUUCAGUAUUAUGCAAGUACAUUAAUCAGAUGGAAUCAAUGCAAUAUAAAAGUUGCAAAAAGCUGUAGACAUCACCUAACUAAAGAUGAAGAAAAUCAAGUCAGUUUUUCUUUGGGAAGUCUCUAAGAAAGUAGGGAACAAGCUUAUGUACACCAAUAAUUUCUUCAGACAGAGGGAUUCCAGCAUUUAUCCAAGCAAUAUUAUAAACACAACACUAUAUAAUCAUAUAAAUCUAUAGCCAUGCCUUUUUUUGUAUAAGCUUUUUUAUAACUAUGGAAGAGACACCCAGAUGGAUAAACAGAAGUAUGAAGUCUAGUUUUUGAGUAUUCAAAGUCUGUUCUCUGCAGUCAUCACACUCUAUUUUGUGGGAGUUUGGGAUUGGAUUUGUUUCUGUUUAAGUUCCUUAUAGCAAUACGUGAAUUACUCCACUCAUAAGCUACAAUGUCCAGUUGCUUCUCAUUAAAGUCACAUUAAAAAGA